AUGUGCUCCAAAGUCUCAGUAACCAAUUGCCAUCAGCUCAAACCAUCACCUUCGCUUGCUAUACGCACUAAAGCGCCUCUUUCUCGGACAAAGAUCGAAUCGGGAACCGCCAGUCUCUACUCUCAGGCUUCUAAGUCAACCAUUCCACGUACACCAACUUAUCAAAACUAUCUCCCAAGUCAAAAUCAACCAUCCGAAAUGAUUAAAUCAACACCCGAUCAUCCACUCAGUUUUCUCAACAGUCCCCCUCCCAACAUGCAAACGUUCGAAAGAAAUCGACACGGAGAUCCCGUUUCAAUAUAUUCUGGUCGCGAGAGCGUCUUUUCACAGGCAUCGGCGGCACCGAGCGAUUGGACUCCCAACACCACUCCUAGCCUUCAAUCUCCUAUAACUCCAAGGACAGCUGUAAGCGAUUAUAACAAAUCACCAUCACAAAGUUUUCCGAAAUACAAAACAGCCAGUACGACUUCUUCGAAUUCGGAGAAGGAAAAUGGAGAUGAAGUUCAAUUCAGAGGAUCAAAUGAAUUACCCAGAGAACCGAAACGUAGUUUGAUCGAUCGACCUAGACCAAUCAGUAGAGCUAGAACUCCCACUUUUUCAGCUCCUCAUGCCGAUACUGAUAGGUUAUUUCAUAGUGUAUUAAGAACUUCUAAAUCAUUCGAUCGUGGUCGUAGGUUUUGGUUAAGUAAUCCAACUUCGGAAGAUUCAUUACCACCAGUACCUAAAAUUCCAAACCAAUUCCAACUUUCAUCAACACGUAAAUCUAGUUUAGUCAAUUUAUCACAACCACACAAUCCUCAUAGUUUAAACCCAUAUGGAAAUUUAAAAGCAAGUAGAACUGCUACUGAUUUACAUCAUCAACAACAUGAAUUCGAAAGUAUGUAUGAAACUGCAGAAAUUCGUUCAGACAUAAACAGAUCUAUGGAUUCUAUGAAUCUUUUUGAUAAUCGAUCUCCUUGUCUUACUCUUACGAAUCCGGCUAUGGUGAAUAUUAGUCCUCUCAAACCAAGUCCAUCUCGCAAAGGUGUAUUUCCUCAUAGUAUCAAUGCCAUUCGUAAUCAAUUAAAACCGAGAAAAUCUGGUGUUUAAUGGCUGGUAUCUUAUUCAAGAUGAUGGCUCAUAUGAAUCGGUUUACAUCAAUUAGUUGGUCUUAGUACUGUCAACAUUCUUCUCAGGCUUUUAUAAAUUGGAUACUUCUCUGGAAUUUGAUUUGUUUCAUUUUUUAUUAGGGUGGCCAUAGUGAAGACGAGGGAAGAGUAGCACGUCUUGUGCAUUUCUAUGUUUCUUUUUUUUGCUUCUCAUACAUCUAUUUUUCCUCAAGAUGUAUCGAAUCGAAAACCUUCAUUUCAAAUUAAGAUAUUACUUUCUACUUCUCACUUUCAUGAUUUUUGAAUUGAUCUGAUUAUGAAGUCUAGGUCUAUCUUUCUGUACCCUUUCUCUUUAUCUAUAUCUUAUUGAAUUCAUUAUAAUUAUAUUUAUAGAUAUUUUAAAUUUUUGAGAUGGAAACCCCUAUUGCUUAAUUCAAGAACAUUCGUUUUGAUUUCACUUUC